AUGGAAACUACAGACUAUGCAAUUGCAACAUCAAACAAAAUUGAUAAAUAUAAAAAAAAAGUUUUAGAAGAAGCAUAUUCAAAAAUUAAUAAUUAUGCAAGAAAACAAUGGGAGAGUUAUUAUUCUCUUAAAAACCAAAAAGAAAACGAGGAUAGGAACAAUACAUUAGACGUAAUUAUUAAUAAUUCUAAUGCCUAA